CCCUCCUGGGCGUCAGCUCGGUUUGUUUUAGUCUGAGUACUUCAGAACCAAACAGUUCGUGCUCGGGACAACAUGAAGUUCUUUUUCUUGUUCUUUCUUCCCUUUGUUUCUCCAGUGAGACACUCCCUGAAAUAUUUUCUCACCAUGACAUCUGGAAUCCCAAACAUCCCAGAGUUUAUGGCUGUUGCACUGGUUGAUGAUCUUCAGUUGGGAUACUGUGACAGCAACAUAAAGAGGGCCAAGCCCAGACAGGAGGGCUUUGUGAAAGCAUUCUUAAAAGAUCAUCCAGAGGACCUGGAGUGGUACACUGGGAGGUGUUUUAUACAGCACAAUAGCUGCAGAUUCAUUCUGGUCAGUUUAAUGCAGCGCUUCAACCAAACUGAAGGUGUCCACACUUACCAGAGGCUGAACGGCUGUGAAUGGGACGAUGAGACCGGAGAGGUCAAAGGUUUUCUUCAGUACGGUUAUGAUGGAGAAGACGUCUUUGUAAUGGACCCCACCAAACUGAUAUAGGACACUGACGAAGGCACACUGCAGUUCAAUAAUAUUUCUAUGCACAUGUAUGUCCUGAAAAGCUGAAGAAGUAUGUGGCGUAUGGAAAGAGCUAUCUGCAGAGAACAGACCUCCCCUCGGUGUUUCUCCUCCAGAAGUCUCCGUCCUCUCCAGUCUGCUGUCAUGCUACAGGUUUCUAUCCUGAUAAAGCCGACAUAUUCUGGAGAAAAGAAGGACAGCAGCUUUUUGAGGACGUGGAUCACGGA